UGCGGUUACUAUGGUAGCCUCUUUAAAUUGGGUUCAGGUGUGAGCAUGGAAGGGCGAUUGGAGGACAAACAGUUUUCGACCGUGGUCGUGGUUGUGGUCGUGUUCGUGUUUGUAACGUGACGUGUCGUGUCUUGCCGUGACAUUGCUGUGACAAUGUGCCAUUAAGUACCGCAGCUUCCUGUCCUCGCCUUCUGAGCCCUUUUGGCCACGCCCAGAUCCCACGGCCAGCCAAUCGUGGAGCAGCGUGCGACUGCGCGGAACCAACAACAGUGUGGUGCUGAUGAUAUGUAGCGGAGUUCCAGCGCCGUGAGAGGGGUCUCCUCCCUCCUCUCGGACCCUCCAUGCGGGUCUAAAGUUCCGUCUCCAGGAUGGCGCCGUCCGUCACCCGACUCUGCCGCAGUGUGGCUUUCUCCACCUGGCUGGUGUCCUCCCUGUGCUCCGUGCACCUGUUGUGUUUGGACUUCACCGUGGCCGAGAAGGAGGAGUGGUACACGGCCUUCGUCAACAUGACCUACCUGGACCCGGUCACCUCGCACGUCCGCACCGAGAGGACCGAGUGCGGCCGCUACGGCGAGCAUUCGCCUAAACGUGAAGCCAGGGGGCUGGUCGCGGUGCCGUCUCUCCCGCAAGAACGACAGAUGUGCGACCCGGCCGCUCGCUUCCCACCGGUGACUCGAACCGCCGCCGCCUGGGUAGCUCUGGUGGCGGCGGGGAACUGUACUUAUCGCGAGAAAAUCCGUAACGCGGCCGGCCUGAACGCCUCGGCUGUGGUGGUGUACAAUGUGGGCUCCAGCGGCACCAACGACACCAUCACCAUGCCCCACUCAGGCACAGGCGAGGUGGUGGCCAUCAUGAUCCCGGAGCACAAAGGUCGGGAGAUUGUGGCCCUGCUGGAGCAGCACGUCGCCGUCACCUUGCACAUCACUGUAGGAACGCGCAACCUGCAGAAGUAUGUGAGCAGAACCUCGGUAGUCUUUGUCUCCAUCUCCUUCAUCAUUCUCAUGAUAAUCUCCCUCGCCUGGCUUGUCUUCUACUAUAUCCAGAGAUUCCGCUAUGUUAAUGCCCGAGACCGCAACCAGAGACGCCUGGGAGACGCUGCCAAAAAAGCCAUCGGCAAGCUUCAAGUCCGCACCAUCAAGAAAGGAGACAAGGAGACCGACCGCGACUUUGACAGCUGCGCCGUGUGCAUCGAGGCCUAUAAGCCUAACGACGUCGUCAGGGUGUUGCCAUGCAGGCACGUGUUCCAUAAGCACUGCGUGGACCCCUGGCUGCAUGACCACCAGACGUGUCCUAUGUGUAAAAUGAACAUCCUCAAAGCUUUGGGAAUCUCUCUCCACGCAGACGGCUCCGAUGAGAUGCCCGCCGACUACGAAAUGUCCGUCGGGGGUCCAUCCGCCAACCUCGUCAGCGGGGCGAGCGAUGUCACCGUCAACGAGAGCUCUGUGGUGCUGGAUGUGGUCGAGAGGGAGACGGGGCCGCAUCAACAUGGUCCACAUGUGGAGAUAGCGCCGCGGGCGGAGGAAAACUACGUCAUUUCUAACAGCGAGCAGCAGCUUCCUGUCAGCAGCGACUCGGACUCUUCCAUCAGCGCGACCCGACAGAACCAGUGCACGCCAAGGAAGCACCGGGACGUGGAGACGGUCGCGUGUGUGUGAUGUAGCAUCUGUCAGUGUUAAGUUCGAUGCAUGUUGGAAUAAAAUUCUGCUUGUUUUUGUUUUUUUUAACCUAUUUGACAAGCGUGUUUUGUUUCCAGGCAGCACGGUGGAAGAGGGGUUAGUGCGUCUGCCUCACAAUACGAAGGUCCUGGGUUCAAUCCUGCGCUCUGGAUCUUUCUGUGUGGAGUUUGCAUGUUCUCCCCGUGACUGCGUGGCUUCCUCCCACCUCCAAAAACAUGCACCUGGGGAUAGGCUGAUUGGCAACACUAAAUGGUCCCUAGUGUGUGAAUGUUGUCUGUCUAUCUGUGUUGGCCCUGCGAUGAGGUGGCGACUUGUCCAGGGUGUACCCCGCCUUCCGCCCGAUUGUAGCUGAGAUAGGCUCCGGCGCCCCCCGCGACCCCGAAGGGAAUAAGCGGUAGAAAAUGGAUGGCUGGAUGGGAUUGGUUCCAUUCUGACGUGACCUAAAUCAUUUCGAAAAUGAAAGAGUUGUUUUGCCCCUGAAUUAGGGAGCCGUAAUCACAAAAGUGAUCUUUAGUACUCUUUGGGUUUUCCAUUUUAUAGGGCACGGGUGUCAAACUCGAGGCCCGGGGGGGGGCCAGAUCUGGUCUGCCACAUCAAUUUGUGUAGCCCCCGAAAGCGUGGAAAUAAUAUGUGGAAAUAAAGUACCUUAUCUUUUUUUAAUAAAUGUAUUACAAAAAUAAAUAUACUGCGUACAAUUACAUAUAUUUACACUUUAACCAUCACUAAUAAUAAAACAAAUAUUAUAUUAUGAUUAGGGAUGUCCGAUAAUGGCUUUUUGCCGAUAUCCGAUAUGCCGAUAUUGUCCAACUCUUUAAUUACCGAUACCGAUAUCAACCGAUAGCGAUAUCAACCGAUAUAUACAGUCGUGGAAUUAACACAUUAUUAUGCCUAAUUUGGACAACCAGGUAUGGUGAAGAUAAGGUACUUUUUAAAAAAAAUGAAUAAAAUAAAAUAAGAUAAAUAAAUUAAAAACAUUUUCUUGAAUAAAAAAGAAAGUAAAACAAUAUAAAAACAG